ACAUGACUACUACAAGAGAAAGUCACUUGAGCAUACAAUUCUAAGUAUAAACUGUCAUUCUCGACCAAAAGUUAUCAUCAUAUCAGCUAAUGAGUGCUGGAGAACACUCAAAUAGCUAGCACUAGUUGUGGGUAUUCAUCAACUUCAACACAACGAUUCUCAUCAACCCCUCAAACCACAAGUAUCUAUCUAUAUAUCUGUUUUGUUUUGAUAUGCAAAAAUAGGUGGAAAUAGACCUCUUGUAAAACCACACAAGUUACACUAAUUUAAGUAUAGUAUAUCGCUAGUCCCACUCAUAGAAGCUUCAAGAGUGAGAGUGAGAGUGAGAGUGUGUGUGUAAUAAGAUGCAUUCCUAUAACAGCCAUUGUAAUUACAAUCCUAUCAUCACUUGCACUGAUCAGGCGCCUUCGGUUCCCCACAGGCCUUUUCCCGACAACCUCAUCAGUUCUUCUUCCAAAUCCGAAGACUACCCUUGUUCCUCUUCCUUGUUUAACUUUCCUAAUUCUCCACAUCUGCCUUUGGAGUAUGAGGAUGUUUAUCUCCAAUUCCUCGAGCUUUUCUAUCAGCAGCAAUCAAUGACUUCAGAUCAUGACGCCACCAUCCUUCCCGAGCCGGAUUCUAAAGAAAAUCCAUCGAAAGAAGCUGCAGCCGGCAAUGGAAAAGCCAGCAUCCCAGCAGUGGAUCAAGAAGUGCUUGUAAGAAAGAGAAGCUCCAAGAAAGAUCGGCACAGCAAGAUUAAUACUGCACGCGGCCCAAGAGACAGAAGGAUGAGGCUGUCCCUCGACGUUGCGCGGAAAUUCUUUGACCUCCAAGACAUGCUGGGGUUCGACAAAGCAAGUCGAACUGUGGACUGGUUGCUGAAGAACUCGAGGGCCGCCAUUAGGGAGAAGAGUCUAGUCUGCGGAGUAGCUCAUGCGAAUCAAACUAGCUGCAGCCAUAUGCGUGCAAACAGUGGAUCCUCUAUUUCUGACGACUGUGAAGUUGUGUCGUCGUCCAACCACUCCACCACCGUCAAGACGACGGAGGAACCAUUACCUUCUUGUACCAAACAGAAAAGGACCAAGAAGAUAAAGGUAGCUCGAGCAACUGUUGCAACGGAAUCAAGGAGGAAAGCAAGAGAGAGGGCUAGAGAGAGAACAAGUCAAAAAAGACGGCUUGGUGAAAGUACUGCAGGCCCAAAUCUAUUUGCUGGCUCAGCAAUUAGCCAUAGCUUACAAGAAUCAGCAGGCUCCCGAGUCUGGAUCAAUGAUAUGGGGGCUGUGCCGGAAGAUUUGAGCUCUGAUGAAGCACGUGCUUGUGUGGUAACAGAAGAAGUAGUAGCUAAUACCUUCGUCUGUCGCCAAUGGAACCCGCUUAUCACCGUCUCCCAUUGCCAGGACGAUGCUGGAUUAUCGCAUCAACAAAAGCAGCUCGCAGAUCAGCACCAUUUUUGCGGCAAGCAGCCAUGGGAAGCCUACCACAGUUCGUAUCUAUCUGGAUAAGAUACUCUACUUGAUUUAUAUAUUGGCAUUUGAUUGUUGGAAUAAUAUAUAGAUCAAUGAUCUUAAGCAAGCUAUGUAUGUACGUGUAAGAUAUCCUUCAGUGAACUUUAAUUUUCAGUUUCCUUUGAUUGUAUUGUGGCUAGCUAUCGAGAAAUACUGAUUUGGAAUGAGAAGGAAUAGCUAAUUUGUCACCACGAAGAUUGAUUUAUCUUUUUGAG